CGGAAGUUAUCAUGUUGUGUAAAAACCAUAGUUAAAAACACGUGGAUACAAGUGCAUUUGUAAAUGAGAGGAGCUAACCAUGGCUCAAACACAAAACAAUAUUAAGAAAACCUCUUCUAGAGACUUGUUGACCUGUGGCAACGGAAAAGAAAUCCAUGAAAAACUUCUGCUGAACUCUAAAAGUGCUUCACUGCAGACAGAAAGGCUCCCCAGGAGUAGUGUCUUGGACAGACUGCAUAGUUUCCUUCCCCAAAUGGCCCAAGCGAACGAGUCUCUAAGACAGCAGAUGGACGAGGCUCCUGCUGGGUUCUUUGACAUUGAGAGUGUGGAGGAUUCAGAGAAAAUCAUUGAGAUGGAUGUGGCUCUGGUUGAACUGGAGGAUUCAGAAAGCAGUGAAGAGGAUGAGUCGUCAUCAUCAUCAUCAUCAGAGGAAGACAGCUCAGAGGACGAAGUGCGAACUGUCACGGCAAAGACACUCAAACUUCCAGGUGACAGAAAGAAAAAGGCCAACAUCCAGGUGAUAAAGAAAGAGUGAGAGAACACAUACAGUCAACUGGAGCUCUGGGAGAGCGCUGGACUCACGCCAGGCCAUUUCUGUGCCUGUUAUAGAAGUAUAUAACCCUUCCAGGUUUGGAAUGAGCACAGACCAGUGAUUUAAUUUCCUGGUGAGCUGGCAGAAUGACAUUUCAUGUUCUUUGGAGAGAUUUGUAUCCAAAAAAGUGAGUGAUUAAAGGAGUAGUUUACCAAAAAAAAAAAAAUUAUUGCUGAAAAUGUAUUCAUCCUCAACUCAAGCCAUCAUCAAGAUUCAUCAUCGUAACAGAUUCGGAGAAAUGUAGCAUUACAUCACUUGCUCACAAAUAAAUGCAAUGAAAAUAUUGAUGGAUUUGUUUCUUAAAAAUAUGCAUCUUUUUACUUCAAGACAUUGAUUGCUGGAAAGGAGUGAUGUGGAUUAUUGUGAUGUUUUUAUCAGCUGUUUCGACUCUCAUUCUGACGGCACCCAUUCGCUGCAGAGGAUCCAUUGGUGAGCAAGUAAUUUGAUGCUAAAUUUCUCCAAAUCUGUUCUGAUGAGGAAACAAACUUAUCUAUAUCUUGGACGGCCAGAGGGUGAAAACAUUUUCAGUAAAUUUUAAUUUUGGGGGAAACUAAAAUUUACUCUUAUGUGUCAUCUCAUCUCGAGUAUGCUUGAAAAAUGGAUUGUAUUCUGGUAUGAACUAUAUUAAAAGUCCAGUGUUUCAAUCAAGAAAAACAACGUUUUUUUCAGUUUACAUUCUUUAUUGUAAAAAUGGUUUCCCGACGCUCCAUACAUUUUGUUUGUAGCUGCUAUAAAGUUGAAAUACUGUUGUGUGUAAUGACUGUUUGGCAAUAUUACACUUCAAUACUCAUUAACUUGUAAAUAUGAUAACAUUUCAUCUUUUUUCAAAUGCAUGUCAUUGCAUGAAGUGCUCAUGCAUCAUGAAUCUUCAGCGAACAUUUGGCAACCGAUACUUUCAGUCAUUUUAACAAGAAUGUGUCCAAAUACUUCACACUGUUAUUGAAUUCAAGAGUAAGCUAUUACAUAUUUUCUCAUCAAGCAUGUCCAAUAUUUUUGAACAAAAUAAAUAACUUCCUUUCAAAA